UAGAGUUUUCUGAAACCUUUGAGUCUCUCAUCACCUGAGGUUUCUGAAACCUUUCAGACUUCAGAGUGCAAUGGAGAAUCAGAACUCUAGUAAUCCUGAUAACGCCUUCAUGGUUUUUUCUAAUGGCAGCUUCUUUGGUCAUCAACAGACUCAGCUUGCCAUCAACUUUACCGAUAAUAUUCAGAGCUUUACACAUCCUGGAGACCAAACUGGUGUGCCAGGUUUAGGAUUGGCAGGCGAUUUCAAUCCUGAUAGCAGGAUUCGGAAGCCGGCGCUUACUGUUGACAGCCUGGUGAAUUUUUCUCCUCCUGUUUCUGCAAAUAAUGAGAGCUUGAGUGGAAGAAAAAGAAAGAGAAACAGUGAGAAAGUGGCGGAGAAACCAAAAGAAGUUAUCCAUGUGAGAGCAAAAAGAGGUCAAGCUACUGAUAGUCACAGUUUGGCAGAAAGGGUAAGAAGAGAGAAAAUAAAUGAAAGGUUGAGGUGCUUACAGGACCUCGUUCCAGGAUGCUACAAGACAAUGGGAAUGGCAGUGAUGUUGGAUGUAAUUAUAAAUUAUGUUCGGUCUCUGCAGAAUCAAAUUGAGUUUCUGUCAAUGAAGCUUUCAGCAGCUAGCAUGUAUUAUGACUUCAACUUGGAGCUCGAUGCUACAGAAACCAUGCAGGGAACAUAUGCCUAUGAUGCACGAGAGAUGGAGAGGAUGGUGAGAGAAGGGUAUGGAGGCCCUUCUUCCUUCCACUCUACAUGGUCUCUUUGAAACCAUUCAUCCUUUAAUAUAAUUUGCUUUUACUUUCAUUCUUAGAUAUAAAACUCCAUAUACUUGCAAAAAAGGGGGAAAAAAAAAAAAAUUGUAUAUCUGAUAUUCCAUCCAUGACUACUGAUGGAAAUAAUCAUUAAACGAAACGAAACGAUAUCAGUAUCUUGUAUUUUCUU